AUGGUCAAGUUAUCUACCUCCGCUGCUAUCGCCGCUUUGGCUACCUCCACCAACGCUUUGACUACUUUGUCUCCAUCUGAUGAACAAGUCAACUUGAUUGAAUUAUCCGUCUACGUUAAGGAUAUCAGAGCUAACAUGAACGACUACUUGUCCAUGGCUAAGGCUAACCCAAACCAAGCUUAUCCAGCUAUCAUUGCCACCGCCGUUAUGGGUAAGGGUGAUGAUUUCACCACCAUGUUGACUGGUAUCUCCGGUGACGAAGUUACCAUGAUGUUGACUGGUGUCCCAUGGUACUCUUCCAGACUUGUGCCAGCUGUCGAAGCUGCUUUGUCUGCUCAAGGUAUUGUUACCGGUGACGCUGCCGCUGCUUCUUCUUCUGCUGCUGCCACCACUUCCUCUGCUGCUGCCUCUUCCUCUGCUGCUGCCUCUUCUUCUGCUAAGGCCACCUCUUCUGCCGCUGCUUCCUCUUCUUCUUCUGCCGCUGCUUCUUCUUCUGCUAAGGCUACCACCUCUGCCGCUGCCUCCUCUUCUGCUAAGGCUACUGCUGCUGCCAUCUCUCAAAUCACUGAUGGUCAAAUUCAAGCUACCGUUUCCGCUCAAACCGCUAACGCUGCUGGUAAGGCUGUUGCUGGUUUAGGUGCCGGUGUCUUGGCCGCUGCCGCUUUGUUGUUAUAA